CGUUAUCCCGAAGGUUCCAUGUACAUUCACGAGGAGGAGGAAAAGAAGGUAGCCAUGAUCGGACGAUCGUCCCCAUAGAGAAGGACAAUACAGAGGAUGGACAGGAUGUUGCGGUAGAACGUGACAAGAGGAGUAGUGUGACGGUGCGUGGUGCGCGAAAGACGACGACGACGACGACGACGACGACGAUUGUUAAACCGGCGCCAUGUCGCAGCGACAACAAACGCCGACCAACGAGGAUUCUUACCUGAGCUGUGGCAGGCCGUCAAACUUACUGAAGACCAGCUUCAGCAGCGCCCGUCUCGAGAAGCUCUAUCGCGCCUCGUCGUUGCAGCAGCGUCGCGGUGGCCUCACGUGCUUCCUGAUGUCGGCGAUCCUGUACGGCGUCUACACGGUGUCAAUGCCGGGGCUGGAGUUGCCGGCGCGUGGCGUCAGCGCCGUGUUCCUCAGCCUGAACAUCGUCCUGCUGGUCUGGGCCGAACGCGGCACCAAAGCACGUAACUCGCUGUGGUCCGUGGUGCCGUGCAUAGUCGGACAGCUGUGGAUCGUCCACCUGCCCGCUCAGCUGUUCCUCAAGUCCACCAAGGUCACGCCGAGGGACGGCCUAGGUUGGAUGCUGCUGUUGCUGUACCUGCUCUUCGCCACCUUGCCGCUCAAGCUGUGCCGCUGCACGUCUCUCGCGCUCGGCAGCGUGCUCGUAUAUUUCGUCGCUGUGAUCGGUCUGUCCAGCACGACGUUGGAAGAGCUUAAGACGCAGCCCAUCGACGUUCUGAUCCUGACGGUGACGCUCUUCGCCGGCGCCGCUAUUUUGGGCGCUUGCGGAUACUGCCUGGCGGAGUUCCAGCAGCGUCGUGCGUUCCUGGAGACCAGGCAGAGCUUGGAGGUCCAGCUGAUGAUCGAGGAGCAGAGCGCCGAGCAGGAGCGGCUGCUGCUCAGCGUCCUGCCGGAGCACGUCGCGGUCAAGAUGCGGCAAGACCUCGGGGCGUCCCUCGACACGCAGUUCAAGAAGAUCUACAUGUCCAGGCAUGAGAACGUGUCGAUACUUUACGCCGACAUAGUCGGCUUCACCGCGAUCUCCUCGACUUACAGCGCCAGCGAGCUGGUCAAGAUACUCAACGAGCUCUUCGCGCGGUUCGAUCAACUUAGCGAACGAUACGAACAACUGCGCAUAAAAAUCUUGGGGGAUUGUUACUAUUGCAUAAGUGGUGCUCCCGUGGAAAGGCCAGACCACGCGGUCCUCUGCGUGUAUAUGGGGCUGUCCAUGGUGGAGGCGAUUAAAUAUGUUCAACAAACGACGAACAGCCCCGUCGACAUGAGAGUGGGUAUUCACACGGGUGCGGUACUCGCUGGGGUCCUCGGACAGAGACAAUGGCAAUUCGACGUUUACAGCAAAGACGUCGAGCUAGCGAACAAAAUGGAGAGCAGCGGAAGGGCAGGGAGGGUACACAUCUCGAAUGCGACGUUGAGCUUCUUAAAUGGGGAAUUCGAGGUCGAGCCGGCGCACGGGGAGGAUCGGGAAGAGGCACUUCAAAAGGCUGGCCUCGUCACUUACUUUAUCGUAAGGGCCUUGAAGCCAUUUAAGCCGGCGGUGACGAAAAGCCUCGCGUCGCUGGCGGAUGCGGAAAACUCGCAAAAAAUAAUAGAGAACGUGCAAGACAGGGGGGACAAUAGUCGGGAGGACUCCGAAGAAUUUCAGCAACGUUUGAGGAAGAAACUCGACAGUAGAGGUGGUGGUACCGACCUGAAAGGUCAUGCCUCCUGGUUGACCUUACGGUUCAAGGAUCCGAACGUGGAGACGGCAUUCCAUAGCGUCGAGGAGGCCUUUUCACCCUUAUCGCUUCUUGGCGGGCCUCUGGUUACGAUGUGCGCGGCUCCAGUCUGGAGGUUGCAGCCUUGGGGACCGUUCACGUGGGGUGGCGCAGGGGUGGUUACUCUCUUCGGCAUCGUGUUGGCUGGAGCCACCUGCCUGGGCAGCGCCGUUAGGGCGACGUGGCUCAGAAGCACCCUCGCACUUCUUAUGACAUUCUCCCUCAUAAUCUUCCUGUUGCUAGACAUGACCAACUGUGCGAUCAUCGACGAUAUCGAACCGCCGAAAAACACUUCGCUGAAUUGGUCCCCGCGAUGUCCAUAUCCUUCUUAUUAUUCAUAUAUCGGUGUCCUCGCGCUGAUCGCUAUUUCGAUGCCAACGUAUCUCUGUUACCUGACCAAGGCGUGCCUGAUAUAUUUCCUUGUCGGCGCGCAGUCCUGCAUUAAUGUCCUGUUCCUCGCAUCGAGUCUCGACAGAGAAGAUGUGACGUCGAACCAGUCCGGACUUAUGGCCUUUCCACUGAAAUAUUCUCUGGCAGCCACUUUGUUCGUCAUCGCGACUACCCUAAUUAUUGUGGCAAGAUAUGCCGAGACGGCGCGAAGGAUGUUGUACCUGCGAGGACGAGAGGUGAUCGCACAGCGGGAACGAGCGGCAGACAUGAAGCGGAGAAACGGCGCGCUGAUAUACAACAUCCUGCCGACACACGUGGCCACUUAUUUCCUGUCGCACGCGAGGCACCACGACGAUCUUUAUAGCCAGAGCUACGCCGAGGUGGGCGUGCUGUUCGCCAGCAUGCCCAAUUUUGCGGACUUCUACAGCGAGGAGAGCAUAAACAAUCAAGGCCUCGAGUGCCUCAGAUUUCUGAACGAAGUCAUCUCCGACUUCGACGCCAUCCUCGAUCAGAAGAAGUUCAAGAGCAUCAUUAAGAUCAAGACGAUAGGGUCGACCUACAUGGCGGCCUCGGGAAUAACCGAGGUGCAGUCGGUGCAGUCGGAGGACGGUCCUCGGUGGGGUCACCUCGUCACCCUCGUGGAAUUCGCUCUGGAGCUUAAGAAAGCUCUGUCAAGCAUCAACGAGCAAAGCUUUAAUCACUUCGUUCUAAAGAUGGGUAUUAAUCAUGGACCGGUGAUCGCCGGUGUCAUCGGGGCACGGAAACCUCACUACGAUAUUUGGGGCAACACCGUCAACGUCGCGUCGAGGAUGGAGAGCACAGGAAAAGUCGGCUGCAUUCAGGUUACCGACGAGACGCGGAAGAUUCUGGAACCGUUUGGUUUUGGCUUCGAGCAGCGAGGUCUCGUUUUCGUCAAGGGCAAAGGGCAGCUCUUAACGCAUUAUCUUGUCUCCAAGGAUGGCGUCUUUCUCGAUCUCGACAGCGAUCUGCCCGUUGAACCUACUCAUCCGAUAAUCUAUCAAUAAUGUACUCGAAGGCUCUAAUUCGAACGAGAAAACUGUGGAUAUCAAAUUGAUUCGGAAAGAACCUAUUAGGAUUUUUUUCGGCAGGAUGUAUCGAGCUGAAUGUUCAAAAGGAAUCUAACGUCGAAUCAGUCUGAUAGGCGACUUUCCGAAGCGACGAACGAGAGAAACUGGGAGUUUGCGAAUCACGAAUCGUAAAUUAGACGACGUCUCUGUACUCCGAACGAACUUUUCUUCAAGAACGUUCGGCAAGCUAAAUGUGUAUUGUCGUAGAGAACUCUCUAAAUGUUAGUAUCCUCGUGUCUCAGGAGAAGGAAAAAUGGAAUGCAUGUGGAAGAGGAAGGACGAGAGAAGUAUCGGGGGAAGGGCGGGAAACGCGAUCGCCCGGAUCGUUCGCGAAUGUCCGUGAGUGUUAUCGUACGUCGCCAUAUCAUCAUCCGUCAUCCAUCAUCACUGAUUAACGCGAAGGGAGAAGUUUGCACACAGCUGCCGCCGACUAUGUCAUUGUAGUCACAACGUUCGCACGUACACGCGCACGCACGCACGCAC